UUUUACUUCACAUGCACCAGUACUACGCAGGCUCACUCCGUAGUCCCGUGAGCAGCGUAAUAUCACCCCUGUAACUUUACGUGCAUGAGUGUGGCAAGUAUUAUCUGUCUUCCUUUUACUGGGAAUUAGUAGAGUAAGCAAGAUGCCGAGCCUUCCCGAGGCGGUGGACAUGAAGUACGGGGACGAGUGCCCCAACGCGCAGGUGACGGAGGUGGCGUGUGUGGCGCUCACACUCAAGCGCAAUGGACGCCAGCGACUCCCCUCCGUCCUCAUCCUGUCCGAGUGUGACAUUGAGAAGGCCGGCGAUGAGGAGGAGGUGGAGCGCAAGUGUGAGGGCGUGAGGGAGCUCGACCUGUCCAGGAACAAACUGAAGGAAUGGAAGGAGGUGUUCAAGAUCCUGCGUCACCUGCCUGGCCUUGGUUUCCUCAACUUGAGCUACAACUGCUUUGAGUCGCCCAUCACUGACCCAGCUGACGUGGUGAGCCUCACAAACCUCACCCGCCUGGUGCUCAACGGCACACGGCUGCCUUGGAAGGACGUACACAUCUUGCUGGAGAACGCCCCUCGGGUGGAGGAGCUGCACCUUUGUAAAAAUGAAUAUUCCAAAGUGGAGAGACCCAAAACCAAGAGAUACAGCUCUGUGUCUCGCAUCCACUUCAACAACAACCCAAGCUCAGAUUGGACUGAGAUUGAAACCUUAGGCCAGAUGUUUCCCUACCUGGAGGUGCUGAUCUUGGCCGAGUGUCCCCUCAGCCAGCUCAAGGAAGGCGACCGUUACCAUGAGUUCUUCCCUCGCCUCAAGUACCUCUCCCUCAAUAGCACCAAGAUCUGCUCCUGGGACUCUGUGGAUUUGGUCAAUCUCUUCCCCAAACUGUCUGAGCUCAGGUUACAACAGUGUCCACUUUAUGAGAACUACAAGGACGAGGAGCGAAGGCAGCUGACCAUCGCUCGGCUGUGGAGGGUGCAGAGACUGAAUGGAGGGGCCAUGAUCAGCCCUGAGGAGCGGGAAAAUGCCGAGCGUGCCUUCAUCAGGUACUACUUGAACUCUGAUAUGCGGCCAAAGAGGUACGAUGAGCUGGUGCGCCAACACGGGGAGCUGCAGCCACUGGUGGAGGUGUCGCUGAGGCCACAGACGGAGGUGCAGGUGACCAUCCGGUGUGGUGAGAUAGCACUGGAGAGGAUUAUCAGCGUGUACACCAGAGUUGUGGAUCUCAAGAAGGAACUGGAGCCUCAGGUUGGCCUGCCUGCCAGCAAGAUGCGGCUCUUCUACCUGGACAAGGGCGGGGAGACCUGUGUGGCAUAUGCCCCUGAGGAACUCAAGAUCAACACCAAGCAGCUGUACACCAUCAACGUCCACUCGGGGGACGAGUUCAUCGUGGAGCCCAAAGUUCCAAAGGUGUAGCGGCUGACGGAGGGCGGCCCUCGGCACGCAGCGACGGGAAGGCUUGAUGACCUCAUGAUUAGCAUAAUGCAGACUUGUAGUUAACUUGCUGCUUUUAACAAAGGGUUAACAAAUUGCAGGACCUUGUAGCAUUGUGCAGUGUAGCCAUAUCUGUGAAGUCUUGCCUCAGUGUGCUAAUUCUGGAGGUGCAGGAGUUUUGUUGAUGAGGAAGAUGCUUCUUGCAAGUCUCAGGUGUGUGUGUGUGUGUGUGUGUGUGUGUGUGUGUGUGUGUGUGUGUGUGUGUGUGUGUGUUGUAUUUAGAGGCAGCUGUUUGUUCCCCCAUGGUGGAGCAGAGUCAGGCCGUCACGUGCCUACACGCGGUGCCCAGUCAUCGUGUCUUUUGGAGAGCGGAUUGGUGAAGAGGAGUGACAGUUAUUACGUAAGCAUCAGUGAGUUACCUCGUGUCCUCAGUCACUAUACAGAACAUCCCAUUCUAAGUAUUAUGGAACCUUUGGUGGGCCAGGAUUGUCAAAGGCAUUACUAUAUUGUGAUAACUCAGUGGAAGCUGUGCUUGUGAAGAGCAAGCAUGUGAACUUUCCAAUUUGGUUCCUCCUUUUGUCACAAGGCUGUAUUGAUGACCUCCAGUCUCUCUCUCUCUCUCUCUCUCUCUCUCUCUCUCUCUCUCUCACCAUGACAGUAACAGCUCAUCAUCAUAAUGGAGGUCACACACCUUGUCCACCUUGGUUACUCUUGGCGCCUCUUUCAGUAAUCUCCCACCCGGGUAUUUUGGGGAUUACACUUGUCAUGUCAUCCAUUUCAUCUUUGUGUGGACAGCUUGUGACUGAAUCUGAUGCUUUAAGCUGGUUUGUGUUGCUGCUCAACCUUCAAGGCUCAGCAGAUAUCUUUCUGGGCAUUUUGUGAUUACAUACCUAAAUUUUUUUUUUCUUUUAUUAAUUUAUUUUUUUAUUUUCCUCAGAAUGUACCCAAGUCCUUAUUUGACAGAUUGCAUUGUCUGCUUGAUUUGUGAAUAAUGAUAUUAAAGUGUAAUAAAGAAGGCCCAGAGAAGACCAAAAUGAGAUCUCCUGAACACAGUGAAUACCGUAAGCUCUAAUGAUGUACCUAACUUUAUAGCACAUCUAUCAUAGCAAAGUCUUACCUAACCCAAAUACCUACAUUUCUACAUAUGUAUAAGUAUAUAUCUAUAUUGCAGUGAAUUACUAUUACCUGAUAUAUGUAAAUAAUAGAAGAUAAGACACUGUUGUAAAGCAGUGUGGUUUUUAGCUGCAGUAUGCAUAUAGCUGACUUCCUGUUUCCUCAUUGCAGCAAAAUACUGCUUGGAGUUUGUCUUUCACACUACAGGUUAUGGGUGAUCUCUACUUUGCAUUUAAAAUUAAAUAUAAGAAGAGUAUAAUAUGUACUGCAAUACCCACAGUGUCUCUCAUGGAGUCUGUGGCUUUCAAACGUCUGUCGGUGGCGGCUUGCUUAUGACACUGUUAGCUAUACCCUUCGCUGCCUCUGCCUCAACCCAUUUUGGAAUUUUUAUCCUUAGCACAUUUUGUUCUUUGUUUUUGUUUUUUAGCUGGUGGCCAAUAAGAGUUUUGUUGUUAAGCAGAGUUUGUCCAUUGCACCAGAAGACAUUUAGUAGCCCUGAGUUAUUCAUGCUGCUGCCCCUACAGUGCCAAUCAACAUGUGAUGUCAGGAGUGAAUGUUGUGUUUGAACUGCUAAUCUGUUUAUGUUUUGUACAUAUUUUGUAUUUUAUUUGAUUUUUUUGUAGGUUGUCUUGUUUCACAUGUAACAUGGGGCCAGUGUUCCUUAUUACUUUUAUAUUCUAUUUAAACUACUUCAGCACUUCAUCAAAAUUAUCUUGUACAUUGUUUGUAAAUAGCAUUAGGAAUAGUGAGAUGGUGUACUCCUAGAGGGAUUGCAGGUGACUCCUUGUUCCUGGUUAAGGUACACAAGAUGGUAACUUACUGGUUGUAAACCGGUGACAGUGAAUGUGGCAGCAUUCAGAAAGCACCAAAAAACAUUAGUCCAAGUCCAGCAUCAAAUGCCGUGCUUCGUGCUUGGCACAGCUACAGACAGACAGACAUUUAAAAAUAAAAAUAUAUAAUAUAUUUUAUUACACACUGGUGGUUAAUUAGUAUAACAAUGGUAAAUGAGUCAUUAUCAGUUGUUGACAACUUACCUAGUAAUGACAAGAAAGGGAUCUUACUAACUGUUGAUGUGCCAACAUAAUGAUUUGUGUUCAACAAUUGGCACAACUUGUGAAGACAAUGUUGGCUCUUCUUCCUGCCAUCCCAGUGGUGUCUGUUCUCCACAAUAACAAAACUUUGCCAGUAUUUGCAGGUUUGUUUUUGUGCAUUUCCCGUGCAGUGACAGUACAAGAAAAUAAAUAGCAAUUUUUGCACUACCACCACAGUCAUGUUUACUGUUCCAGUACCAUUGUGACAGACUUGCCUGCAGUGUGGCCAAGAUUUACUAAUUUCCUUAAAAGUUUUGGAAUGGAAAUAUUUUUUUAGACUCAUUGGUUGUGAGUACAAUGCUAAGUGUACACCAGAGUGCCCAAUACUUCAAGCUCUCCCUUGUGACUUGACUGGAAGUGUCGUUACCAUUUCCUUCACGGCCUGUCUUGUGAUGAGCCUUGAUAGUGUACUACUUCAUAAUGUAGACAAGUAACAAAGUGUGUGUGGGUUGGAUUAAAAAUGCAAUGUUUUUCAUCUACAGACUAAGUUGACUGUGUAUGAAGCUUGUCCCUGUUCAUACUCAAAACUUGGCUAAAUAAAACAGUACUUAACA